GUCCCAGCAGUAGCUAUAGACAACCUCCUGAGCGCUGCGAUAAUCUGCUUUCGGUCCCGACUCCUGAACAGGCUGGUCAGCUUGCACACUCCGCCGUACAGGGCUGUGGGACACACGGACACGUAGAGAGGAGGAGACUCGCCAUCCACUGCUCAGGCAUUUUGGCUGGGUCCUCUUGACAUUUACAGUCAAACGUGCAAACUGGGACUGAGGAUCCCUACCCAUGAUCACGGUGUUUUUGGCCGGCUGGGACAAGGACGACAGAGUGACAGACAGACGGACAGCAUGGCCUCCAUCGCUGAUUACUACGAGGGGAAGAACGUUCUGAUCACCGGGGCGACGGGCUUCAUGGGGAAGGUUCUGGUGGAGAAGCUCCUACGGUCCUGCCCCGGUGUGCGAGCCCUGUACAUCCUGGUCAGGCCCAAAGCCGGACAGACCAUGCAGGAGCGCGUCAGCAACAUGAUGAAGUGCAAGCUGUUUGACCGCGUGCGGGAGGAUGAUCCAGACUUCCACAAGAAGAUCGUGGCGAUCAGCAGUGAGCUGAUGCAGCCGGGCCUGGCCAUCAGCCCAGAGGAUGUGGAGAAACUCUGCUCCUGUAUCAAUAUCGUCUUCCAUUGUGCCGCCACCAUCCGAUUCGAUGAGCCACUCAAACACGCCGUGCAGCUGAACGUCAUGGCGACGCAGCAGCUCUUGAGUCUGGCGCAGAGGAUGCAGCAGCUGGAGGCCUUCAUCCACGUGUCCACCGCCUACGCCAACUGCAACCGCCACCACAUCGACGAGGUCAUCUACCCCCCGCCCGUCCAGCCAAAGAAGCUCAUCGACUCGCUCGAGUGGAUGGAUGACAGCAUUGUGCGUGACAUCACGCCGCGGCUGAUCGGGGACCGGCCCAACACCUACACCUACACCAAAGCGCUGGCCGAGUGUGUGGUGCAGCAGGAGAGCAGCCGGCUCAACAUCGGGAUCAUCCGGCCCUCCAUCGUGGGAGCCAGCUGGCAGGAGCCCUUCCCAGGCUGGAUCGACAACUUCAACGGACCAAGUGGCGUCUUCAUUGCUGCGGGGAAGGGAAUCCUGCGCACCAUGAGGGCCAAUAACGACGCCGUGGCCGACCUGAUCCCCGUGGACACGGUCGUCAACCUCACCCUGGCUGUGGGCUGGUACACCGCCGUGCACAGACCAAAGUCAGCGAUGGUGUACAACUGCACGACAGGCGGAAUCAACCCCUUCCACUGGGGGGAGAUCGAGCACCACGUGAUGUCCACCUUUAAGAGGAACCCUCUGGAGCAGGCCUUCCGCCGGCCCAAUGCCAACAUCACCUCCAACUACCUGAUCAACCAGUACUGGAUCCUGGUCAGCCACAAGUUCCCCGCCCUGCUCUACGACCUGUACCUGCGCCUGUCCGGACAGAAGCCCCAGAUGAUGAGGAUAUUUAACCGGCUGCACAAGGCCAUUGGGUUGCUGGAGUACUUCAGUAAUCAGGACUGGGAGUGGAACUCCGAAAACAUGAGCAUGCUUCUGAGUCAGCUGACCCCUGAGGACAAGAAGACGUUUAACUUUGAUGUGCGGCAGCUGAACUGGCCCGAGUACAUCGAGAACUACUGCAUCGGCACCAAGAAAUACGUCCUGAACGAAGACAUGUCCGACAUCCCCGCUGCGCGACAGCACCUGAGGAAGCUGAGGAAUAUCCGCUACACGUUCAACACGCUGCUGCUGGUGUUCGUGUGGCGCGUGUUCAUCGCCCGCUCUCAGAUGGCCCGGAACAUCUGGUCCUUCGUGGUGAACCUCUGCUUCAAGUUCCUGUCCUACUUCCGAGCGUCCAGCACCCUGACUGCCUGAGAGGGCCAUCCUGCUCCCCAGCAUCGGUCUGCCCAACCUGCUGGUCUCACCCACUGCCAGCAUCUCUGCCCAAUCCAGCGUUACUCACAACCUGACCCGACCUGGCCCCACCCCCAUUCAACCAGGCACUGCCCCUCCCUCAACUCUUCCUUGCCCUGCCCCCACUUAACCUGACCCCCCCCACUCACUUCCUCAAUCUGGCUCCAUCUCACCCCCACUCACAACCUGACCCUGUCCUCUGACCACUGAACAGCACUGAUCAUAUUCCCCGCAUGUCACCCUCCAUGAUCAUGACUCCAUGACUUGUCAUCAAAUGGCAAAUGUGUUGCAGCUGUCUGUAAUGUUACUUAAUUCCUCUUUUUUUGAAAGACUUCUGUAAAUCUAUUAAUUAUGCAAGGGUAACAACUCACUAGACUGUGUGACAUGUCUGUUUUGUUGUAGUGUUUCCAAUGCCUUCAAACGCAGAUGACGAUGAUGAUGAUCCACAUUUUACUUGAAUAAUGAUGGUGUUCGUUUUGAAUGACGGUUUUUGAACCCGAGUUGUUUGACGUCCAAGGUCGCGGUGUUUUUUUUAUGUCCUUCCUGUCGCCUGGGUUUUAGUUUAUGGUGUUGAGCUACUGCAGGACUGGUAGUCAAAUUGCACCAUGAUCACUGGGAAUGUGCAAAACCAGAAAUGUCCAGGCUCUGGGACUGCAGCACCUUUAAUUAUAAGAUGUUUUAUUUACAUGUAUUUUGUUUUAAUUUUGUGUUUUGUAAGUUGCAAGUGCUUUUGGGUCAGUGUUGGAAGAUUGAUUUGGACUGCUUGCUUGUGCAGUGACAGCAGUUGUGUGAAAGGCAGGCUACCCGCUCAACAUUAGCAGGAACAUACAGACUUCCUAGAGUGAUGUUUAAAUACUUGAAAGUCCUGUAUUAAUCUUGUGUGUGUGUUGAACCAAAAUGAAUGAACAUUCGGGAAAAGCAAAGGACGUUUCGUGCCUGGAUUUUCUUACAGGAGUGGGGUGGGAUAUGUAGUUCUUCCUCUUCCAAACCAGCAUGUAGUUCAUUCCAUCAUUGCACUGUGCUCUUGAAGACAUUGGGUUCCUCAGUCGGGAGGCAGGGAGGGUUCUUUGUAUGUACAUAUAGUGUUCAAUACAGUGUAUAAUUAAUUGUGUAAUUACCAGCAUCUGUAUUAAGCUUUUGGAGGAAAAGGAGUGUGGACAGACCUCCCUACUGCCCCUAAUGCCUUCUCACUUGUCCCCAUCAUACUUGGCCAUCUGUCCUCUGUGUGUGUUUCGCCUUUUCCGACUGUCCUCCUGUUCCUCACGGUCCCCACUUCGCUGGUAUAUUGAGCUGCGAGUUAAUGGGGACCUAGGAGAGGUGUAAAACCCUCCUGCAGAACCCAAACGCUCAUUUUAACCCUCCUGCCACCCCACUAAUCAAGGUGACCUAAUACAUACUCACACUCAUACUACCUGAUUGUCGACUUUUACAAUGUUUCAGUGUCAGAGACCCCUGUGGAAGCAGCGUGAUGCUGACAGACAGCCUGUAUCCCACACCACCUGACCAACUUAAUCAAAUCAUUGAUUAAUUGCAUCAAGACACAUCCAUUAUAAAUAUGGACUUAGUUGAGUGUACAUAUUGAACUGCCAUUAUGAAUUAACAUUAAGGACCACAUUAUGCAUGAGUCAUAAAAGGCAAUGAAUGCAGGACAAAACGCAUCCAAACCAAAUGCAGACACAUUAAAAAAAUGUAAAUACAAUUCAAAACGCAACCCAAACCGGGCUAUACACCUGCAUGAGCCUCACCUGACUCCACACUGACCUGUCAGUCAACAUUCCAUAGCUCUGGUCCUUAAUGAAUGACAGAACCACUACUCAUUCUUUAAUAAAGAGCCACCCCUUAGCAUAGCUUAUCAUGACUCCCUCCCCACUGCGAGCAGGAAGUCUGGGAGAAAAGCACACAGAGUGACCGCAUGUAUGACAUCACUUCCCUCCAGUAAAGCAGCAUUCCACAGGAUGUACCUGCCAGUGAAGCACCAUGUUGUCUUAAACCUGUGAACACCCCCGACUACAACAGAGCACAGAAACACAGCUCUACUGCCAUUUCCGUCCUCAACACACACACACACACACACACACACACACAAAUAGAUAUAGAGUCCGUUCCAGAUUAAAUGUACGGCUACAAGAAAUACUGACCAAUUAGAGGAUGAGAAUUCUAACUUGAGAAGAAUCUAGACUUUUUUUAUUUUUCUCCAGCAGUAUUUGUACGGUCAUUCGAUCAAUGAAACGAGCAGUCACUCUACUGUGGCAGCUGCGUGAGUAAUCAGAAACCAGAUCCUGUACAGCAACCAGAUCUUAAGAGUCCAGUCAACCAACCGAUCACAUUCUGUCUCAGCAUCUCCCUUUGUGUGAUUUUUAUCCACAUGUAUCAUCUUAAAACCUUGUUACUGAUACAAUAGAAGGGAAUAAAGUGAUUUACCAUCA